CGGAACUACUUUUUGACCAUUACAGUGAGUAGGAGCGUGUUUCGGGUUGCACUCCAACGCAAUAACCGGAACACAAACAAGACAGCCCGUAUGGAAUGAAAAUGUCCACAAAACAAGUCACCUGCAGAUAUUUCCUUCAUGGCGUGUGCCGAGAAGGGAGCAGAUGCAUGUUUUCUCACGAUCCGACAACAAGCAAACCAUCAACAAUAUGUAAAUUCUAUCAGAAGGGUGUCUGUGCCUAUGGAGACCGCUGCAGGUAUGACCACAUAAAGCUUGCGGGUGGUCGAGGAGGUGGUGGUGGUGGAGGAGGAGGAGGUGGAGGUGGCCCCAGUGCAGGGGGUCUCAUGGGUGUUGACAUGACCAGCAGAGGCAGCAGUAACUCUGCACUUCCCAUGUCAGGAGCAGGCGGACCCAGCAGUUCGGCACGCCAGCCUAAGAAGUCUCUAGUACUUAGAGACAGAGCUCUGGGUGGUGACAGAGGCCACCAUCCCCGCCCGGCAGAGUCCACCGAGGUGCUGGAGGAGCGCUGGGAGUACAGGGAUGGAGGAGGUGGAGGUGGUGGUGGUGGUGGAGGAGGAGGUGUUCAGGCCAAGCCUCACUCCCACUCCCACUCCUACCUGGACGCCAUCCGCAGCGGCCUGGAAUGUUCCGCUGCGGCUGCCGCCGCCGCUGGCGUGGUGCCCUCCUCCUCCUCCGCCUCCUCCUCUUCCUCCUCGGCGGCCUACCAGGAGGUGCCGCAGACGCAGCUGUGCCCCUACGCGGCUGCCGGGCAGUGCCACUACGGCUCCACCUGCCCCUACCUCCACGGGGACUUGUGCGAGAUCUGUCGGCUGCACGUGCUGCACCCGCUGGAUGCCGAGCAGAGACGAGCACACGAGAAGAUGUGCAUGAUAGCGUUUGAGAUGGACAUGGAGAAGGCCUUCCGGGCGCAGCAGAGCCAGGAGAAGGUUUGCAGCAUCUGCAUGGAGGUGGUGUACGAGAAGGCCACACCCUUCGAGCGGCGCUUUGGCAUCCUGUCCAGCUGCUGCCACACCUACUGUCUCUCCUGCAUACGCCAGUGGCGCUGUGCCAAGCAGUUCGAGAACAAGAUCAUCAAGUCUUGUCCUGAGUGCAGAGUUGUGUCUGAGUUUGUCAUCCCCAGUGUGUACUGGGUAGAGGACCAGGAUGAGAAGAACCGACUCAUCGAAGAGUUCAAAUCUGGCGUCGGUAAGAAGCCCUGCAAGUACUUUGAACAGGGCAGGGGCACGUGUCCGUUCGGAGGGAAGUGUCUCUACCUGCACGCCUAUCCCGACGGCACGCUGGCAGAACCAGACAAACCUCGCAAGCAGCUCGGCUCCGAAGGCAACGUGCGGUUCCUGAACUCGGUGCGGUUAUGGGACUUCAUCGAGGAGCGGGAGCAUCGGGGAGCGUCCCAAUACGAUGACGAGGUGAACGAGCUGGGAGAGCUCUUCAUGCAGAUGUCGGGCGCCGGGAGCGAGAGCGGGGCACCGCCAGGGUCACACUGAUCCUGACCCCCGCCGCCGUUUGACCUUGACGGCCCGUCUGCCCUGCCCAGCUCUGCCCUGCGGUUUCAACCAACCACUCCCGGCUGCAUAUCAAACUGUGUACUGACCAUGGGCAAUAAAAAAAACAAAUGUGCUCGCCGGUAAGCCCUCCAUGGUGUCAAAAUGAAGCUUUUGACAAAAAAAGAAAACAAAACAAAAGGCCAUUUCUACUGGGUGAAAAAAAACAUUUUUAGUACCUGAGUGUGAUAGUUCUGUAUGUGCAAACAAAAGAAAAACAAACAAAAAAAAGAAGAAGAAAAAAAGAAAGAAAACAAUUUACUGUACUACUCACACCACACCUUUUCCGUUUGUGAAAGCUGCUAUAGUUUUUUUCCCCUAAUGCAAUCGGGUAGAUUUUUUAAUGCCAGAUUGACAUGAUGUUUCCUCUCGCAGAACGGUCGCAGUAGCCCGUCAGUGACCGCAGAAGUGGAGAAACUCCAAGUGCUGUUAAAGACAAACAGGACUCACUGUCCGCAAUGCACUCCUGCACAGUAAGGGGAGACCUGUAGUAGAGGAGUACAGUGAACUAUGGCCCUCCUCUUCAGACUAGUUGAGCUCAUUGUUAUGUUUUGUGAACAGUCAGAUAAAAAAAAAAAAACUAGAAAAAGACCCAAGAGAGCAAAGUGAAAGAAGGGAAGUCCCAUUUUAGGUCCAGAUUUGAAGCAAUGAAAGCUGCCACAGAAUGUAUUGGCUGUACUCUCCCCACCACUAACAGUAUUCCAAGAUACUCUGUUGCGCACACCCUGUAGUUCAACGCAAACCUGCUCCAGGUUACCGCUCUACUAUGUUCUGUAUGAAGCCUUAACUGUUGUAGAUAUCAGCGCUCUCGGUUCAACUUAGAGUCCGUUUUUUUAAUUAUGCAAAAUAACAUUAAUUAUUUGUGCGCUCAGAUCUGAAGGGUCCAUCUUAUGAGAUAACCGCUCUAGCUCCAAGGCAGCUCAAAUUCUCUUAGCAUUUUGUGUCAGAAAUGUUCCCUCGAUGAAAUCAUGCAAUAUUUAAGUGUAUAGUUCAGUUCAAAAAUUAGUUGUCCUGUCUUGCGUUUGGGUCAGACCCAAAGAUAUAUAAAUAAUUAAAAAAAGGAGUACCUCUUAACUGUUUCAAAAAGAAGGCUUUAUAGAACAAGUGCAAGUAUUGUGGCACGGAAAAAAAGAUACAUUAAAGCCAAAGUGAAUUCAUUUAUCCAGUUUGUGUGAGUUUAUGCCUAAAUUUUCCUGCAUAAGAUUGGUGUGUGCAUUUCUGCUUUUGAAGGUGCCUCUACUGUCUGCAGUGAGUGUCUCUAUUGAAGGGCACCCGGUCCGGUUAGUGGCUCAUAUCUUUCUGCCUAGUGUGUGCAGGAAAGUACCGGUAUACCUCACAAAGGUGGCUCUGACAAACCUGGGCUGUGUUUCUCGAACGCGUAGUUGCUAGCCAGUUAGCAACUUGGGUAGUUGCCAAUGGGACAUUACAUUGCAACCAGCAAAGUAGCUAACAUAGUUAGCUACUAUGGUUUCCAGAAAUGCACCCCUGAUGUGUUUUUACCAAUGGAGUAGUCCGAAACCUGGGGGUAUUUCCAGGAAGCUGGUUCAGUAUUAAACCAGGUUUAGUUCACUUCGAGGCAGUGGUGAUUCAGGCAAGAAGAUCUAGACCAGCCUGCAGUCCUCAUUUCCUGCCUGCAGGCAAUUAUUAGAUCUACUACAAAGAAGGUGGAUCUAACAAGAAGUGGAUCUAACAAGAAGCGAAGGUAGAUCCACCUUCUUUGUCUACUAUUAAAUUCAUCACUUCCUAUAGGUCAGCGGUUCCCAAACUUUUUCUGCUGUGACCCCCUUUUGGGACCUAAGCGUAUUUUUGUGACACCCAACCUCCCAUUUUCCAAAUGGAGAAACGUGUUUGCUACACUUUAAUGUAAACCACAGAAAAGGUGGACAUGUAUUACCCCUUUAAGGAAAUAUUGUCACUAACUGUGGUACUAACUAAUGUAUGGAAAUGGUAUAAAAGUAAAUAGUCAAAGUUUUAUGCAAACAGUCCCUUCUGUCCAUGACCACCCUGUAAUACUUCUGUGACCGCCUUAGUUUGGGAACUACUGUAGGUUAACUUACCCAGGUGAAUCACCUAAUCAUAUUCUUGGAAUUGCCCCCUAAUGGUUGAAGAGCCUGUUGCCAUUUGUUCAGUUAAAAGAAGUUUAUGUGAAAAUCAACCCAUAGCCAUUUUGAGGUUACAGAGUGCUUACAAAAAAAGGAGACAGUUUCCUGCAACAUGGACCAAAUCAUGAACUGGUAGCUGAACCCUACGAGAAUGAAACUAAGUCAUUUUUUAUGCCCCAUUCCCUUGUCCUGUGAGCAGCACUCUGUGACUAUCUAAACUCUUAAGGAGGAUUCCCAACAAUUUCAACAUGUGGUUGUAUUGCUCAGGCUACACUUGACUUGUCAGUACACAACAUUUUUUUUUUGAUCAGCGAUCCUGGACUGGUUAAGACUCAUUUUGAAAUCUAAAAAUGCACUCUGUGCAGACCUCAGCCAAGAAAGCUGUUUGAUAGAACAUCUGACUGUUACACCCCAAUUUUGUUUCCUGCCUUGUUUUUGUGGAGUUAGAAACAAGAAAGACAAAAUUUGCCCUAUCCCACAAUGGUGAAGAAUCUUUUUUAAAAUUCCUGGAUCCGGAUCAUGAUCCGGAUCACCACCAAAAAUGUAAUCACUUUUCCCCUUUGUCACCAAAUGUCACAAAACGCCACAAAAUUUCAUGAAAAAACUGACUGAAAGCAUAAUGUCCUUGGUGGAGGUAAAAUAUAAACAAACCAUGCCCCUAUUAGAAUGGCCAGGAUCUCAAGGGGCUGAACAAAAAAUACUGACAAGUCGGUACUGACAAGUCAAGGGUAGCGUGAGCAAUACAACUGCAUGGUGACAUUGGCAAGAAUCCGCUAAUGGGGCAAUGACUGACUGUGGUUUGCCUUAGGGAAAGAUACCUUGGUUAACACGAAGCUCUGAGUUGGCUAAACCAGGUUUGUGCAACUUUGUGGGGUAUGCCCAUAAACAUUCGGGGGUCUAAAAAAAGGUAUGUACCCACCUUUUAAUUUGAUUGUAUACGUGAGAUCAAGCGGUUAUUAUGGUUGUGUGCCCUUUUGACUAGCACCUCUCUGUGACUGUCUUGGUGAGGCUACCUCCAAGAGGUUAAUGCAGAACAAAAUAUUUAAAAAAAGAAAAGAAAACCGUAUAUAAAAUAUGAAAUAUGGGUGUUAAAAGAAGAAAAAAUAAGCGCAACUUGUGUUCAAGCUUGAAUGUUAGGGGCAUGUGAUAUUUUAAGUCAUAGGAUUUUGUUCUUUUCUUUUCUCAUGCUGUUGUAUGAAAGUCUUGAGUGACACUAAGAGGACUGUACUGAGAAGUGGUGGUAGUGUGUACUUGCAUUUACUGAGUGUUUUGCAGUGAUGGGUAUUAUACAGAAAUUGGUCAUUCAUACACAUCUGUCUGCGUUACGGGCCAUUUACAUUUGACUUGAAACUCUUUCCCACGACUAUUUGUGAAAUGGCAUUGCCAUUGAAAAGAAAAAAAGAAGCUCUAUAAAUUUGUAUCACUCCCUAAUAUAAUAAAGUGAUAUUUCAUGAAA